GCUAUGGUUUUAAUUUGCGCACGUGACUGGUUGAGGUCAAAAGUUCGACCUCCCGCAAAAUGGCUUCUGCUCAAGCCGUUUCUCAUGCUCAGCGAGUGACUCGCCUCUACAGACACUCCCUCAAGAACUCCUUGUCCUGGUGCAUAGACCGGGUGACGUGGAGAGAAGAGGCUCUGCGAAUUCGGGUCAGGUUCGACGCCAACAAACACGUCCAGGACCGGCGAUUGGCCGUGGCGCUGGUCCAGCAGGGAGAGGAAGAGCUUCAGAAUAAGAAACAUCCCGAUCCUUACCUAGAUCCAAAAGCACCGGACGGAACAUUAUGGGAGAGGAAUCCUCCACUGCCAAAAGAAGUAAACGUUUGUUGGUAGUAUUCAAUGCAUAUUUAUCACAGAGUACAUGUUUAUUGUCGGUGUCGUUCAUUCGUACUGUUUCAGAUUCUGCAAAUGACUCCUGAUGAGCAGGAGUGGUAUAAGGAGUAUGUAAAGUACUACAACAGUCCCACUGCCACGGUCCCUGUCUGGGACGACCCAGCGGUGUCUCCCUAUCCAAAGUUUGUGUGGACGCCUACUGGUGGAUGGUACUGCAACCCUCCCAACUGGAGGAAGAACACUGGUCUCGCCAUGUUCUUUGUCCUGGUCUCCUCCGGGGUCGUGUGGUACAUCUCUGCCCAGCUGGAGCGCCGGCCAGUACCACCCUAUCGGUUCAUUCCUUCUCAGCUAUGGUGCAAGUAUGCAGCGGUGGACGAUCCCAGACUGCGGUCGUCUCAUGAGCCAGAAAUGGCGACACACAAUCCUUCUCCUUCCAUUUCAGUGCCCAACAAGUGGCCGAGAGAGUACGAAAGAGUGCCAGAACUGGAAGAGGUUGACAGAAAUGAUUUCGUGGCAUACACCAAGGCCAAACACCAAAGAGUCCGCGACAGGGCUGUCCAUCGUGAGGAGCUGAAGAUCCUGCAGGAGAGACUGUCAGACUGUGUCAAGAGAGAGGAGGUGAACCACCAGCAGCGCUGCAGAUCUCAGUCCAAGGCCUACUGGAACUCCUUCCGCAAAUACCGUUCUCAAGGUUGGCUGGCGAGUCACUGAUAUGGUGUGCUGUUGUAAAAACUGUUCAUUCUCCUGGACCUGUGUCAUAUUUAGGAAUGAUUGUUAUGGGUGUUAUCUACUGUCCUGUGAUGUGUGUAAAUUGUACAUUAAAUGUUUGCUGCAAGCGCUUCGUCACUAAGUACAGUAGUAUAAUUUGUCCAGCAUUAUGCCCAUACAUUUGAGAUUUUCAUGUUUGACUUCCAGUUUCAAUCAGAUCCAACUUUUGACA